CACAUGCGUUCUCUCCCCGAUCACACCCGUUCUCUCCCCGAUCACAUCCAUUCUCUUGUCAUGUGUUUGGCUGUUUGACUCAGUCUUUCCAAAUAAUAUCACAUGGCCGAGCACAGACCCAGGCUUGCACAUUCUUGCUCUCAACCGCCAUGUGCAAUCACGCACACACACAUGCAUCCAUAUACACACAAAGGCACACAGGCACACACACACACCCACCUUUUGUACGCAGCCACAGUCUGGGGAAUACAGACAAUGACAACUGAAUAACAGCACCUGUUAGUGUUUUUCCAUGUAGCCUGUAGCUGCCCUAGGAUGCAUGACAUCAGUCUCUUGUGUAGUUUAGUUUAAGUACAGAUGAAUAUAUAACUGGUUCCGAGUAAAUUUACACUCUUCCCUUUUAAUGCAGAAAUAACUAUUGAAUAUAACAUUUGUGCCCAAUGUGUGCAACAGGAGAAGUGGAAGUGAAAGAGCACAUGUUUGGUGGGGCUGAUCAACAGAUGAGAAAAGCAUUGAGGAAUAAAGAAAGAGUUAAAGGAGAGAGUGAGAGAGACAGAGGUAGGGCAGGAGGAGAAAAAGAGGUAGGGCAGGAGGAGAAAAAGAGGUAGGGCAGGAGAAGAGAGAAAGGUAGGGCAGGAGAAGAGAGAAAGAGUUAGGGCAGGAGGAGCAAAAAGAGGUAGGGCAGGAGGAGAAAAAGAGGUAGGGCAGGUGGAGAAGAGAGAAAGAGGUAGGGCAGGAGAAGAUAUAAAGAGGUAGGGCAGGAGAAGAUAUAAAGAGGUAGGGCAGGAGAAGAGAGAAAGGGGUAGGGCAGGGGGAGAAGAGAGAAAGAGGUAGGGCAGGAGAAGAGAGAAAGAGGUAGGGCAGGGGGAGAAGAGAGAAAGAGGUAGGGCAGGAGAAGAGAGAAAGAGGUAGGGCAGGAGAAGAGAGAAAGAGGUAGGGCAGGAGGAGAAAAGAGAAAGAGGUAGGGCAGGAGAAGAGAGAAAGAGGUAGGGCAGGAGGAGAAAAAGAGGUAGCACAGGAGAAGAGAGAAAGAGGUAAGGCAGGAGGAGAAAAAAGGUAGAGUAGGAGGAGAAGAGAGAAAGAGGUAGGGCAGGAGGAGAAGAGAGAAAGAGGUAGCGCAGGAGGAGAAAAAGAGGUAGGGCAGGAGGAGAAAAAGAGGUAGGGCAGGAGAAGAGAGAAAGAGGUAGGGCAGGAGGAGAAAAAGAGGUAGGGCAGGAGGAGAAAAAGAGGUAGGGCAGGAGGGGAAAAGAGGUAGGGCAGGAGGAGAAAAAGAGGUAGGGCAGGGGGAGAAGAGAGAAAGAGGUAGGGCAGGAGGAGAAGAGAAAAAUAGGUAGGGCAGAAGGAGAAAAAGAGGUAGCACAGGAGGAGAAAAAAAGGUAGGGCAGAAAGAGAAGAGAGAAAGAGGUAGGGCAGGAGGAGAAGAGAGAAAGAGAUAGCGCAGGAGGAGAAGAGAGAAAGAGGUAGGGCAGAAAGAGAAGAGAGAAAGAGGUAGGGCAGGAGGAGAAGAGAGAAAGAGGUAGGGCAGGAGGAGAAGAGAGAAAGAGGUAGGGCAGAAAGAGAAGAGAGAAAGAGGUAGGGCAGAAAGAGAAGAGAGAAAGAGGUAGGGCAGAAGGAGAAGAGAGAAAGAGGUAGGGCAGAAAGAGAAGAGAGAAAGAGGUAGCGCAGGAGGAGAAGAGAGAAAGAGGUAGCGCAGGAGGAGAAGAGAGAAAGAGGUAGCGCAGGAGGAGAAGAGAGAAAGAGAAGAGAGAAAGAGGUAGCACAGGAGGAGACGAGAGAAAGAGGUAGCGCAGGAGGAGAAGAGAGAAAGAGGUAGGGCAGGAGGAGGAAUUCAAGUCAGCAGAAAAAGAUUUGUAAAUGGCCCAAGAGCAUUGCUUUCUGCUCCUUUUAUUAAGUUUGUGCCACGCAGCACCCAGUUUGUGGGCUCUCUUCGAGUUGUUAUCUGGAAAUAAGGGAGAGAAAAUAAGGGAGAGAAAAUAAGUGCUUGGCUGUCUUUCCCCCAGCUAUACUGCUGUACUGUUGUACUGUACCAGACCUGUACUCUGUGUGCAGUUAGAAACGGCUGACAAGGUGUUUAUGACUCUGCUCUGAGAGCCCAGUUCCAGGCUAGUCUUGUUACUCACACUGACACGGUACCCAUGUAAAAUGCGUACAGUAUACUAUGUCCUGUAGGUAAGGCCAGGAGUUUUUCCUCCUCACCAAAUGACCCUUUCAGGAAAAAGUACAGAUGCUAGUUGUCAUAGGUUAUGACAAGGUUCUAACUCCUUGUCCUAAGUAUGUACUACCAUGUAUGUAUAGUCAUUAAGGCUUGUGUGUGAAUGACAAUGUUGAUUUGGGAUUAAGUUUAGUUCACAUGGAUGCUUGAGUUCGGCAUGUUGAGGCAAGGGCAGUCAUCAGAACGGGACGUCCAGCCGAGAGAGUGCGAGAGAGAGGAACAACGAGAGAGAGAGCGGAACAACGAGAGAGAGAGGAACAACGAGAGAGAGAGAGAGAGAGAGAGAGGAACAACGAGAGGGAGAAGAACAACGGGAGAGCGAGGGAAAAAAACGAGAGAGAGAGAAGAACAACGAGAGAGAGAAGAACAACGAGAGAGAGAGGAACAACGAGAGAGAGAGAGAGAGAGAGAGGAACAACGAGAGGGAGAAGAACAACGGGAGAGCGAGGGAAAAAAACGAGAGAGAGAGAAGAACAACGAGAGAGAGAAGAACAACGAGAGAGAGAAGAACAACGAGAGAGAGAGCGGAACAACGAGAGAGAGAGCGGAACAACGAGAGAGAGAGGAACAACGAGAGAGAGGAACAACGAGAGAGAGAGGAACAACGAGAGAGAGGGACAACGAGAGAGAGGGACAGCGAGAGAGAAGAACAACGAGAGAGAGAGGAACAACGAGAGAGAGGAACAACGAGAGAGAGGAACAACGAGAGAGAGGAACAACGAGAGAGAGAGGAACAACGAGAGAGAGAGGAACAACGAAAGAGAGAGGAACAACGAGAGAGAGAGGAACAACGAGAGAGAGGAACAAUGAGAGAGAGAGGAACAACGAGAGAGAGAGGAACAACGAGAGAGAGAGGAACAACGAGAGAGAGAGAGAGAGAGAGGAACAACGAGAGGGAGAAGAACAACGGGAGAGCGAGGGAAAAAAACGAGAGAGAGAGAAGAACAACGAGAGAGAGAAGAACAACGAGAGAGAGAAGAACAACGAGAGAGAGAAGAACAACGAGAGAGAGAGCGGAACAACGAGAGAGAGAGGAACAACGAGAGAGAGGAACAACGAGAGAGAGAAGAACAACGAGAGAGAGAGGAACAACGAGAGAGAGAGGAACAACGAGAGAGAGGAACAACGAGAGAGAGGAACAACGAGAGAGAGAGGAACAACGAGAGAGAGAGGAACAACGAGAGAGAGAGGAACAACGAAAGAGAGAGGAACAACGAGAGAGAGAGGAACAACGAGAGAGAGGAACAAUGAGAGAGAGAGGAACAAUGAGAGAGAGGAACAACGAGAGAGAGAGGAACAACGAGAGAGAGAGGAACAGCGAGAGAGAGGAACAACGAGAGAGAGAGGAACAACGAGAGAGAGAGAGAGGAACAACGAGAGAGAGAGAGGAACAACGAGAGAGAGAGAGAGGAACAACGAGAGAGAGAGAGAGGAACAACGAGAGAGAGAGAGGAACAACGAGAGAGAGAGGAACAGCGAGAGAGAGAGGAACAACGAGAGAGAGAGAGAGAGGAACAACGAGAGGGAGAAGAACAACGGGAGAGAGAGAGAAGAACAACGAGAGAGAGAGAAGAACAACGAGAGAGAGAGAAGAACAACGAGAGAGAGAAGAACAAUGAGAGAGAGAGAGCGGAACAACGAGAGAGAGGAACAGCGAGAGAGAAGAACAACGAGAGAGAGAGAAGAACAACGAGAGAGAGAGCGGAACAACGAGAGAGAGAAGAGCAACGAGAGAGAGAGAGGAACAACGAGAGAGAGAGCGGAACAACGAGAGAGAGAAGAGCAACGAGAGAGAGAGAGGAACAACGAGAGAGAGAGGAACAGCGAGAGAGAGAAGAACAACGAGAGAGAGAAGAACAACGAGAGAGAGAAGAACAACGAGAGAGAAGAACAACGAGAGAGAGAAGAACAAUGAGAGAGAGAAGAACAACGAGAGAGAGAGGAACAAUGAGAGAGAGAAGAACAACGAGAGAGAGAAAAACAACGAGAGAGAGAAAAACGAUGAGAGAGAGAGAAGAACAACGAGAGAGAGAAGAACAACGAGAGAGAGAGGAACAAUGAGAGAGAGAGGAACAAUGAGAGAGAGAAAAACAAUGAGAGAGAGAGGAACAAUGAGAGAGAGAAAAACAAUGAGAGAGAGAGGAACAAUGAGAGAGAGAGGAACAAUGAGAGAGAGAAAAACAAUGAGAGAGAGAGGAACAAUGAGAGAGAGAGGAACAAUGAGAGAGAGAGGAACAAAGAGAGAGAGAGGAACACAUAGCGUGCACUUGUCCAGCGGUCAUAAAGCAUCUCACUGCCGCCUCGUAAAAGGAAUUUCCUGCAGGAUCGAGGAACGUCAGUCCGGAUUGUAAUUCCCGUCCCAGCCCCCCAGAGUCCACUCCUUCAGUAUGUAAGGGAAGAUGUUCUGGGGCAUGUCGCUGUCAUGCUGAACACAGCCACACAGAUUCAUAAGCACACAUGUUAACAUAUUAUAGAGAUUCCUAUGGGGGGCCGCAGUGGAAGAUGGUAGAACCUUUGUGUAUGACAGUACUGUAAUGCUGACACACUCACAGCACACACACCCAGCACACACUCAUUUUCUGCGUCAUGCUGUCGUGCCAGAAAAUAGCCUGCGUGACGGCCAGAUGCAGUUCCUGGCCUGGUCUACAUACUAAACUGAAAGAGAAGCUCCAUCCCUGACCUGCUUUUUCCACUGAAAGGAGAGGAGUAUUCUCUCAGCCUGAACCGUAGGUCUGGAAGCUCAAAGAGAAAGCAAUGCAGAAGCAGAAGCACAGUGGCUAGGAGAAACUCCCUAGAAAGCAGGAUCCUAGAAACCUAGAGAGGAACCAGGCU